AGCAAACGGCAUUUGUGAUUUUGUGAACAGUUUAAACACGUCCAGGCUAUCUGCUAUUAAACUACCGAAGCAAGAUUUAAACGAAAGGGAUUGCAUACUGCAUUUCACUAUCUUGCCAUUAUGAGAUCUCUGUUUUCAUGAGCCCUAAAAGCGUGGAUACCAGCGGAUCUGUGGACCAACACACCAACCAGCAAUAGUCAACAAUCAGUGCACUGUUUCAGCCAAACAACAACAUCAACAAUCAACAACAUCAACGAUGUCAUCGUUAACAUUGUUUCUAGCCGUAGUAGUACUGGUGAGUACCGAACAUGUUUCUUCCCUAAGUCUAAGAACCGGACCAAGGAAUACAAAGGCACGGAUGGGAGACUCGGUGACACUCAAAUGUGACAUCGACGGCCUGGAUAGUGAGUACAUAGUCUGGUAUCAUGAACCAAGUAAGACCUACCUGACUUUUAACCGAGAUGUACGCGAAGAGGUGGAUGAUGAUCGCAAGCAGAGGUACUCCAUCACGGGUAGCACCUUCUGGAAUGAGUUCAAUCUUAGUAUUAAAAACCUCCAACUUUUAGACAAUGGAUACUUUUACUGUGGCUAUGUAGAUGGAGGUACAUACAAAGUCCUCGGCAGUGCGUUACUCACCGUGAUUUCACCCCCAGACCAAUCGUCGCCAUCUUGUAGUUCCAGUAUUACUGAUGGAUCUGGCAGUUCUACACCCGUUGUUGGAGACACGGUAGACCUCCUGUGUUCAUGGAAUGGAGGACAGCCAAUCCCGACUGCCUCGUGGUACCGCGACGGGGUGGGCAUGUCGCAGACUACCGAGGAGAGUUUCGUGUGGACGAGACGAGUGUUGACUUCGGAAGACAACGGGAUGGCAUUCUCGUGCCAUAUGGAGUCCGAAGCCCUGGAUGCACCGCGUAGCUGUACCGUCAUGCCGCUGCGCAUCCCGCCCGUGGUGACCGUCACCCCGUCCCUUGUCACCGUCAAUAUUGGUGAUACUGUAAUCUUCACGUGCAGAGGAGCAAGUUUGCGACGAAUCACAUCUUACAGAUGGAAUAUCCCUAGUGAGAAUCUGCCGAGGCUGAGAAACAGAUACCAGGUUAUAAACAACCAGCGUAGUCUUCGCCUUAUUAACAUCGAAGCUGAGGAUGACAACUUAGUGGUAACAUGCACAGUUGGGACAGGUCGUGGACUGGUUGGAACGGGAGAGGCAACUCUUCGAGUCCACCUGCCUACUACAACCCCAGUACCGACAACGACCGAAGAGCCAACUACAACACCAACAUCAUCACUCCCAACGACGACACCGUCAAUUUUAGGUACUCAGAGUCCAGCUAGCAGAACAAGGGUUCUUAUUGACAGUGAAUAUAUAACUCAAUAUAAGACAGCUCGUCUGACGACACGUCAGCCGGCCAUGCCGACCGAAGCCUCGGCGGUAGCUGCACUGCCCCAGACGGCAGUCAUCGGGAUCGGAAUCGCGGCUGCUUUCGUUGUACUCGUCGUCAUCUUAGCCCUGAUUGUGUGCGUGAUGCGAUACCGUACCAAAUCAAGCUCCAUACAGCGAGAUACCUCCAUGCAUCUCGUCAAUAGAACCUACGACACUGUACUCGCAGGUGGUCGGAUUGUCGACAACCCAGUGCUGCGGAACCAACCGGAGUUCCGGUCGAGCUUCAGGGUCAAUCCCCGUCCGGUAGCAGCCGUUAAUCCCGUACUUCAAGCCGACAUGCCGAAGAACCAAAACAAGCCUUCCGUCACAUACGCUAAGGUCAAUAAAAGGAAGUACCAGAGUCACGCUGGAGCAAGGGCCCAACGUCCCGUUACGCCGCUCUAUGAUGUCGUCCCCGAUGACGAAACUCCUGAAGCGGACCAAGUGGAAGUAAACUUAGGGAGCGACAAUCCAGCACUAGGCUUGACCAGAGAACCGACUUACAUGAACCAGAACGUGGUCAGAGCGGACCCAGACCCCAGGUUGUUCAACGCCGAAGGCCUCACGUACGCCGAGUUGGAACUUCAAAAUGAAGGCCGGUUACCGUCAAUCAAGAAGGAUGGAACUCUUUAUGCCAAACUUAAAUAAAACGUUCGGGAACAGAAAUGUUAAACCCAUGAACCAGUGCAACAUGAAUGUAAAUAAUUUUGCAUGUAAAAUGUCAAACUUCAAAGGCAAAAUCGUG